CACACACACACACACUUUCUCCGCUGAGGCCAGCACAGAGCAGGAGAGGAGGGACUGUUAGCAGCUCUGAGAUCCAGCUGUCCUUCGCUCCGAGUCUGCUCUCCCUGACUCUCCCAGCCUCAUCCCUCCAUGGGACUCCAGACCUGGCCGCCAAGCAAACCACUGUCCUCCAUGGCCUGCCUUGAUGUGGAGACCCCUUCCAUCUGCAGGGGUCAAUUUAAAUCAGUCCUCCAGCUCCGUUUGCAACAGAGGAGAACUCGGGAGCAGCUUGUGGAGCAAGGCAUCAUGCCGCCUCUGAAAACACCUGCUUCCUUUCAUGAGCGGAUUCGCAGCCUGGAGAGAGCCAGGACCGGAAGCUUCUUAAAGCACAAACUCUGCAGCAGACCUGAGCGCUCCGAGUUGGUCCGUAUGCACAUCCUGCAAGAGACGCAGGCUGAAGCCUCCCUGCAGGCCACACAGAUGAAGCUGAAGAGGGCCAGACUGACUGAUGAUCUCAACGAGAAGAUUGCCCAGCGGCCUGGACCCAUGGAGCUGGUGGAGAAGAACAUCCUGCCUGUGGAUUCAGGUGUCGAAGAAGACGUCGAUGGGCCAACAGGUGGUGAGGAAAACCGUUCUAAGCCACCAGACGUUUUCAACUUUGGCGAGGAAAGCAGUGAGGCCUUAUCGCCACAACGGCCUGCCAGACAAACAACCCCCAGUUGCAACUCUCAAAGGGAGUCUGGAGGGACUGAGGCCACUUCUACUUCCUCAUACUUAAACUCCCCCAUCCAGCAUUCCCCACCACCGAACUCACAGUCCACGUCAGAUGUAGUCGGCCUCGUCUCCACCAGUGAGCCACAAAGCAAACAACAUGCGACUCCACCUCAGCCAAUCACUCCUGUUGUCCCCAGUGUCACACCAGGACCACUUCUUGUGAAGCAAAGUCUGCCCAGGCUACCCAGCGAUAAAAGCCGCAGCAAAAAGGGCAAAGAGCCCAAACCACGGGUGAAAAAGUUAAAAUAUCAUCAGUACAUCCCCCCAGACCAGAAGCAGGAGCUCAAUGACAUGCUGAUGGACUCAGCUUACACCCGUCUCCUGCAGCAGCAGCAGCAAUUCCUGCAGCUUCAGAUCUUGAACCAGCAGCAGCAGCAGUACAGCUACCAGGCCGCCCUGCCUGCCCCGCUCAAAGCAACGACUGAGGUACAAACCAGCUGUUCCAGUGUGGUUCUGAGUGGAAGCGCUACGCCUAUCCCUGUGCAGCCCCGGCACACUCAGACCAACCGCAAGCCGGAUCAUUUACCAGCUAAUCUGGAUGAGAUGAAGGUUGCUGAGCUGAAAAUGGAACUAAAAUGCAGAUCUUUGCCGGUUUCUGGGACUAAGACAGAUCUGAUAGAGAGGCUAAAGUUGUACCAGGAGAACUCUAACAUUCAGAUUGCUGCUGUCAUGGAGAAAUCAGCUCUCACAGGAGUCUCACACUCUGACAGCAAAAGGUUAACCCCACCUGUGUCCCCCUCUAAGGUGUCCAAUCUGGGCAUAGAGGACAGUAGUAUGGCAGACAGCAAGCUCCCAGAAGCUCUGUCUCCAACUCACACUGCUCCCUGUGGGAACUCCCCACAGAGAGCUCCACGGGAGGAGUGUCCCACGGAGACCAGGUCCUAUGAGAAGGACAAACGUCUCCACGAUAAGGAGCGUCAGAUUGAGGAGCUGAUGAGGAAGCUGGAGCAGGAGCAGAGGCUGGUGGAGGAGCUGAAGAUGCAGCUGGAGGUGGAGAAGAGAAGUCAGCAAGCAGAUCCUCCGGCUCAGCUCAUACCGCUUGCUCCCAUCCAGGUCAAAGAGGAAAACGGGACCUUGUCAAACUGCUCAGCGUCUUGCGGUUCUCCUGGUCUGCCAGUGUUGGUCAAACAAGAGGAGGCGGCUCCUCAAAAUCAGUUCAUCAUCAGCGACCAGACUUUUAAAACCGUGCAGCCGGUCAAGGCUGAAGCUCUGAACCUCCGACCUGCAUCCCGUCCUGCCUCAGCAGUUACUAUCCAGCUCCCUGCCAGCAGCCUUAAAUUACACACUCCCGUUAGCAGCGCAGACCCAGGCUUCAUUCAGACCUCUGGACAGGUGCCACAAAAAACAGAGGCCUCAGCAGCAUUACAACAGCAGUGCAGCACUCAGCCGCUGACAAAGACAUGGAGGAUGGGUCAUACAGCACAAAGCUUACUCAACACAUUCCCAGUAAGUGGAUGCCCUGUGGGAGCCUCCUCUAGCCAACCUGGUCCUAAAGAUCCUACAAAUAAGUCUCCCUGCACGAGGCAGCCAACGAUCUUGCCAAAAUUCACAAACCAUGUGUCAAAAUGUAAAGACCCACCCCGCUAUGAGGAUGCAGUUAAACAGACACGCAGCAUCUUAACAGCUGUUCAGGGUCCCACUGCCGCAAGCCAGCAGAUGGAUGACUUGUUUGAUGUGUUGAUAGAGAGUGGUGAGAUCUCCCCCUUCAUCAGACAGGAUCCUCCCAGUCUGGAGAAGCCUCUCCCUGUGACAGCCAGUGUAACCACCCUCCCCAUCAACACGGUUUUAUCCCGCCCUCCACCCGUGGUCCAAGUGGCCCAGCUGCCUGCAGCACAGCUCAACCCCUCGCCCAGCUUGGCGGCCCUGACCUCUGACACCCAGCUGGAAACCCUCCUAGGUGCUCACACCGAUCCACAAACACUGACGCUGAUAGAGGAGCUACACUCACCUGUGGUUCCCAUGGAGGGUUACUUAAAUGAAAACACAUCACCCUCUACUUUGAACUUGCACAGUACCAACAUUGAUAAUAUGGAUUGGCUGGACCUUACCCUCUCCGUGCCAGCAGAGGGGGUCAACUCUUUGGACAUGUCAGCGCCAGUGGGCGUCUUCUCCUCUGACUUCCUGGACUCACAUGAACUGCACUUGAACUGGGACUGACUGCUGUCGAGGACAAUCCAUACACCCAUCAGACAUGUUCAGACACACAUACUUUUAUGCAAGGGAGGUUGCAUAUAUUUCCUAUGUGAAAAAAUAGAGGCUUUUGGAGGCUCUUUUGUUUUCUGGCCAUAUAAAUUAGCUCAGUAAUAAUCUAUUUGCUAUUUGUCAGUUUAGAAGUUCCUGCAUUGCUUCCUUUGAGGUCUUCAACUCCUCUGAUUGUACAGGAAGACAGUGGGAGGCGGCAGAUUGAGCAGAGAGUUGAAGUUGCCUUUACAAUUUCAAUCUUAUUAUGCAGGUCACUCCACACUGAUUCGGAAUGAUCAUCACGAUCAAAAUGGAUCGUUAACACACACGCUGAAUGUUCCCUGUGUGUAUGUAAAUUGUGAAGCAUAAAUCAGAUGUUUAAUUGAAUCGAGACUGUGAUUAUGAUAGUGAUAUAAUAUUAUCACAUUGCUCCAUAUUUCAUCCAUAUUCACUCCCGGAUCUUUCGUAUGCAUUUGUACACUGUCUAAAACAUACUGCACAUGUAAAACCAAUAGUCCAAUGAGCUUUACAAGUAGAAUACAGGCAACUAAUCACAAGUUAUCUGGUGUCCUCUGUUAAGACGUUCAAAGACUCUGAAAUAGGGAUGGGUAUCGUUUUUUUUUCUUCUGAUACCGGUGCUAAACCGAUCAUUUUAAAACAAUACCGGUGCCUAAACGGUGCCUGAACUGCUACUUUUUUUUUUUCUAAACACAAAACGACGAUUGACGACAUUAAAGAAAGGCUUUUUUUUUUCUU